UUGCUCUUCACUCUUUUGUCGAGACCCUAACACUCGUUCUCCUUUCAGCCAGUCGCUACAACAUCUCACUCUUCUUCAAAACCCAAAAUCAUUGGAUUAAGCUACGAAUGGAAACACCGGCGGCGGCGACGGUGACGGCAACUGUCUUCCCAUCAUCGGCUGAUCCAUUUAAGCCGUCGAUUUUCCUCGGAAGGUCCAUCGAAUUGGCAUUCCGUUCCAAUUUUCAGAUCUCCAGUAAGAAUCAUGAAUGCACUGAUUAUUACUGCCCUACUUGCAAAGCAAAGUUUGAUUUUGAGUUAUCUGAUUCAGAAAAAUCACAGCCGAAAGUCAAGUUGACUUGUCUGGAAGGAGAGAGUCCCCCGAGGAAUUCACUUACAGAGAUGUUGAUUUUCCAAAGUCAGUGGAUUGGAGAAAGAAACUGUUGCAGCUGUUGAGGGAAUAAAUGGUGGAAUAUAUAUUAACUGUGACAGAACAUACAACAAUGGUUGCAAUGGGGGUCUCAUGGACUAUGUAACACAGAUAUCCAUUUCUAAUCAUGCCACGUCAGCUACAUCAGAUCACAACUUGCUUCCAACUAAUCAUGACAGAUCAGCAUAGCAGUUGAAUCUGUUAGGAUAUAGAUUUCAGUUAUUUUCUGUUAACUGUUAUUUUAGCUUUUCCCUCCUUAUUCUUUAUUCCAAUUGUACAUGGUAUAUAUGUAAAUGAUCAAUCA